GCCCAAAUCUCUGCGCCGAGCUCCCUCCCCUUCUUCACUCGUCUCUCCUCUGCCAGCCGCCGCCGCCACCCGGCUCGCCCGCGACCUCCACCUCGCCGCCGCCCAGAUCCAACUCCGCCGUCCCCAUCCGCGCCGUCGUCGCGCUGCGAGCCUCGCGGACGGCCCCGUCGUCCUCCGCCUCCAGCGCGCCCCGCCACCCGUGCUCGAUCCUCCGCCCCCCGGUCACCUCGCCCGGCACCACCCGCCACCAGAGUCGCCCCUCCAGCGCUUCUCAGAUUAGGUUGGUGCUUGGAUUUGAAUGCCACGCACGUCGGAGACUGACUGCUCAGAGUAUCACGGUUGCGAUUUCAGCGUUUGCUGUUUGCCAAGGAAUUGAUAGCCAAGGUGGUGCAAUGGCUUCAGGCAUCAUGUUCCGACGUCUUUCCAAGGCACUCACCAUGAGCCCAGCAGCAGCAGUGGCAUCUGGUAUGACCAGCCAGCACCACCAGCUUCAGCAGCGUGCACCGGUGAGCGGCACGUCCAAGGGCAAGGCCAAGCUCAAAGCUGGGAUGCCUCUGAGGCGUAGCGUCAUAGCGAAGAAGGGGGGCGCGCCUGCCACUGCUGGGAGCGGCGGCGCUGGCCGUGGUCGCCGUGAAGCCAUCGAGUGUAUUACUCAGAUUGCAGAGUCUUGUCUGAAGUCCUCCACUACUCUACGGCACCUGUCCCCCAAGGAGCGUCUCCGCGAGGCAAAGCGUGAGGAGCUUGGGCUCAUCUCCAAGGAACGGCAACGUGAGCUUGACGCUGCCAAGGCUAAAGCUAAAGCUAAAUCCAAGGGUGCCAGUGGAGGUGAUGGUGACCGUGUUCUGAUGGGUCCGCCGGGCCUCGACUAUAUCAGUCUUGGUCUGGUGGAUGAGGAGGCUAUCCCUGAGUAUGAGCUGACAGUUGAAGAUGGCCGGCGUCUUGCCAAGGAAUACAGCCGUGUGCUAAUGCGACGACACCGUGCACGUCAAACCGCAGAGUCAACGCUCUUGAGGCUCAAGAAGGAGGCCAUUGCUGCGCUCCCAGAGAAGCUGCGGGCUGCUGCUAUGGUUCCUGACAUGACCCCGUUCCCUGCAAACAGGUACAUGGCAACACUCACGCCACCGAUUGAAGGGUAUAUUGAAAAGGUGCGAGAUGCUGCCAAGAAGUAUUCAGUGAAGGAGAAACUUCGUUGAGUUUGAUUCAACAUGGGAGGAAAGAGUCUUCUCCAUACAAGAUGCCGAGAGUUUAGACACUUUCUUAUGCUCCUUUAGUUAAUUCUUGGCCCGUGUCUAGGUUUGAUGACUACUUUGUGCUAUUUUGCGCUGUGAUAAUCAGAUUCUGGUAAUAAGCCGUCACAAUUUUUAUUUGCAAGAUCCUGCCAUGUUAUCCUUA